CCCGGGCCGGGCCUGGCCCCUCCGGCCGGGGAGCCGGGAGCCAGCAGGGCCCCCUGAGCCUCCUUUUCUCCAGCCUCAGCCCCCCUGCUCCCUCAGCCGCUCCUGGGCUCCACCCCUUCCCAGCUCCGUUCCCCUCCCUGGACGCCUCCAUGUCUGUCUUGCAGCGAGGGGCCCAAACCGGGCCCGGGGCUUGCGUGCGGUGCCACCUGAACAACCACUGCCCACUUUGGCUCGUGUUCAGCUGCUGUCGACCAGCAUCUCUGGCUUCCUUUCCACUGGGAAAAUACGAGGAUUUUGGCCUUUUUUCCUUGCUUUUCCCUAAUUCUGCAAAUGGGAGCAUUUUCCGUGCGUUUCCUCCGAGAGACGCGACCCCCGCGCCCAUCACAGCCUGCCGGUUCAGCGGGUUCCUCUUCCUGCACCACAACAAGAGGCUCCCGAGCAAGGCCAGGCAAACAGCUGCUGAUAACACGACUUCCAGGUUGCUCUUCCCAAGGCCGGGCGCCGGGGCCGUUGAACGCCGGGCCCAGACGAGCGCCCCGUGUUUGUCUGUGAACCCUGGCAGCGACAGCUGCCCGAUGGGGCCUUGGUGCCAUGGUACAGCCUGGGCUAAUGACUCUGUUUAUCCUGUUUGGGUAAUCCUGAUAAGGCCACACAACCCCUCCCCGCGGAUUCAUUGAGAAAAACGGCCGUUGACCGCGCCGGGAACUCGCCUGGCCCGGCCAAUCAGCCCAGCAACAACGGGGUUGGUCGGGCGGUUUUAAUGAGGCUGCUUAAUCAGGGCGGUCAAGGCUGCGCAGGGGUGUUCACUGUGACCCGGCCUUAUAAGAGCUGGCUGGAGCAGCCACGGGCUGGCAGAGCCGCCAGGACGGGGACAAUCCCUCCCGUGACACAUUUUGGAAGGGACUUUGUGUCUCUGCCCCGCCGCCGGCUGCGUUUCGAGGAGGAGCUGGCCCGGCCAUGAGCGCCAGCGUGGACGCGGGCUGUGAGAGGUGCCAGUGCCACGGCAGUGCCAGGCAGCCUGCCAUCCUGUACACCCUGCUGAGCCAGGAGCUGCGGCCCGGCGGGGCCCGGCAGCGCUGCCCGUGCCGCCAGCGCCGCACCGUGUGCCUGCGCACGCCGCAGCUCACCUGCCGCGCCGCCUCCCACGUGCUGCUCAAAACCAUCAGCUUCGUCAGAAACGUCGCUGCCUUCCAGCUGCUGCCGCGGGAGGAUCAGCUGCUGCUGCUGGACGGCUGCUGGGUGCCCCUGUUCCUGCUGGGGCUGGUGCAGGAGAUGGUGACCUUCGAGGUGAUGGAGGCCCCGGCCCCCAGCAUGCUCAAGAAGAUCCUCCUCAGCGGCCAGAGCAAAGGGCAGGAGCCCGAGGGGACGCAGCCCACGCUGGCGGCCGUGCAGCGGCUGCAGUGGUGCCUCAACAGCUUCUGGAGGCUGGACCUGAGCCCCAGCGAGUUCACCUACCUGAGGGGAGCCAUUCUCUUCAGUCCAGACACCCCCGGGCUGAGGGCUGCCCUGCACAUCGAGAGCCUGCAGUGGGAGGCGCAGCGGGCGCUGCGGGAGCUGCAGCAGCCCGAGCAGCAGGCUCGCUUCUCGCACAUCCUGCGCCUCACCUCCUCGCUGCGAUCCAUCCCCGCCGCCCUGGUCACCGCUCUGUUCUUCCAGCCCGUCAUCGGGGACGCGGCCAUGGGCGAGCUGCUGGCCGAGAUGCUGUUCGAGGUGACGGGCUGGCCGCGGGGCUGGCCCCUGCCCUGCUGAGCGGCACCCGGGGCAGGAACGGACCCUGCGGGACUUCGGUGUGCCACCGGGCAGGAACGGACCCUGCGGGAUCCCGGUGUGCCACCGGGCAGGAACGGACCCUGCGGGAUCCCGGUGUGC